GUUCUUUUCAUUUUUCAUUUUUUAAAUUCAUGAGUCAUGCAGGCUUUUUGUUUUUGAAGGGAAAACGUGGGAAGCACGCGGUCGUGACGUAAAUCUCCCGCGACGGCGCAGCAGGAAACAGACGUCUGUUGAGCCAAAAUGGCGUCCGUGAUCCUUCAGUCUGGAGUGGGUUAGCAUGAAACCUGUUCGAUUAAACCUAUUAUGACACGGUUCGGCUGUUAUUAUUCGGAUUGAUCUUUUUUUUUCAUUAAGAAGAGUCCGUCUAAACUAGCGGAGACGCGUCUAGAUGCUGUGAGGAGGAGAUGGCGGGCCGUAGAGUCGAGUGUUUGUGGAAACGUCAUGUUGUCGAGCAGCUGAAGCAGAGAGACAGAGUUCAGCGUCAGGCCUUCGAGGAAAUCAUACACCAGUAUAACCGGUUGUUGGAGAAGUCUGAUCUUCAGGUUGUUUUUUCUGAACGUCUCCAGACCGAGAAAUAUGAGCAACAGAACAGACACGACCUCAGUCCGGGCGUCGAGGGCGGUCGCAUUGAGUCCCUGCAGCAAGAAAUGGCUCAGAUGAGAAUUAAACAUCAAGAGGAGCUGACGGAGCUGCACAAGAAACGAGGAGAGUUGGCCCAGAGCGUGAUUGAACUAAACAACCAGAUUCAGCAGAAAGACAAAGAGAUCCAGAGUAAUGAAGCCAAGAUGUUAGAGUAUCAGCAGCAGAUCUCUCAUCUGGAAGGAGAGUGUCACGAGCUGCGCAACUCUCUGGCCGAUCUGGAACGAGCCAAUCAGACGCUGCGAGACGAGUACGAUGCCCUGCAGAUCACGUUCAGUGCCCUGGAGGAGAAACUACGGAAAACCACAGAGGACAAUCAGGAGCUGGUGACACGCUGGAUGGCCGAGAAAGCGCAGGAGGCCAACAAACUCAACGCUGAGAACGAGAAGGACUCCAGGCGCAGACAGGCGAAGCUUCAGAAGGAAUUGGCGGACGCAGCGAAGGAACCUCUUCCCAUAGAGCCAGAUGAUGACAUCGAAGUUCUCACAGAGGAUGCUGGGAAGGGAACGGGUGAGACGUCACCGAGCAGACAGAUCAGUCGCACACUCAGCAGACGAGUGUCUCAGCCACCUCCUCCUGCUGGGCUGCUGGAUUCCAUCUCUAAUAUCUUUGGCUUGUCUGAUUCUGUCCAACCUGGUUUCGUCCCAUCUGACUCCAGAAGACGGCGCUCGGUGAAUUCGUUCGGCUCGUCUCCUGAAAGCGCAGAGGUGCCAUCGGCGUGCACUGAUGUCAGAGUUCCCUCCACUGCGCUGCACAUCUUUGACGCCCACGAUGGAGAAGUGAACGCCGUGAGGUUCAGUCCUGGUUCCCGUCUGCUUGCCACGGGAGGAAUGGACCGCAGGGUGAAGCUCUGGGAGGUCAUUUCUGGGCGAUGUGAACCUAAAGGUGCGCUGACGGGCAGUAAUGCUGGAAUCACCAGCAUAGAGUUUGAUAGUGCGGGCUUGUAUCUAUUGGCUGCAUCUAAUGAUUUUGCCAGCAGAAUCUGGACGGUUGAUGAUUACAGACUGCGGCACACACUCACAGGGCACAGCGGGAAGGUUUUAUCCGCUCGGUUUCUCCUCGAUAACUCUCGGAUCGUCUCCGGCAGCUACGACCGAACGCUCAAGCUCUGGGACUUGCGCAGCAAAGUCUGCAUGAAGACGGUGUUUGCUGGUUCUAGCUGUAAUGACAUCGUCUGCACGGAGCAGUGUGUGAUGAGCGGACACUUCGAUAAGAAAGUUCGUUUCUGGGACAUCAGGUCGGAGAGUAUCGUGUGUGAGCUGGAGUUGCUGGGACGCAUUACAUCUUUGGACCUCAAUCACGACCGGACCGAGCUGCUGAGCUGCUCUCGUGACGAUCUGGUGAAAAUCAUCGACCUGCGCAGUAAUGCAGUGCGACAGACGUUUGAUGCUCAAGGUUUCAAGUGUGGUUCAGACUUCACCAGGGUCACGUUCAGUCCUGAUGGGAGUUACGUGGCGGCCGGUUCUGCAGACGGCGUUCUGUACAUUUGGAACGUUCUGACGGGGAAACUAGACAAAACCCUUGAUAAGGGUCACAGUUCUGCCAUAAAUUCGGUGUCCUGGUCUCCGUCAGGCGCGUAUGUGGCCAGCGUUGAGAAAGGCAGCAAGGCCGUGCUUUGGUCUGACAUGUGACUCUGCAGCGAUUGGUUGAGCACCACCCCGCCGUGAUUGGAUGAAACGGACUGUAAAGACAGAAGGAAAGUCCCACUGGCCUCUUGAACUACCUUUCCCACAAUGCCAUCUGUUUGGCUGUCUGUGUACGUGUGCUGCCUGCCUGUAUGAUUUGACAGCACCGUACACGCAUUAUUCAUAUUUAUAUCAGCUUCCAUGUACUGUCUGUCUCACACACACUCGAUGUGAGAUGAUGGAGAUUACACUAGUGACUGUCACUGUCCUACAUGACUCUUACUGCUUGUUUUAACAUGACUUUAAAGUGUUUACUGUCAGAGUUUGUAAGGUUACUGUAAGGUGUGUGUGCGUGUGUGCGUGUGUGUGUGUGCGUGUGUGUGUGUGCGUGUGUGUGUGUGUGUGUGUGUGUGUGUUGAAUGCAGUUCUAGUUGAGCUCUAUGGAUGGCACUGUUCAAUAUUUUUUCUAGAGUUCUGGAAAUCCCACAUCUCCCCAUGAAUAAAAUGCAUGUAUUGAACAGGAACCCAAUUUUAUUUUGGAUGAAUCUCACACAUUAACGUCUUUAUUCUAAUGACAUUAAAUGACAUCUUUGUGAUAUUUAAACACACUGAACCCUCAUUUUGUAAUUGCAUUGCAAAAAUGUCAUUGUCGUGAAUGAAAAAUUAAUUCUCGUACUCAUUCUCAUACAGUAACAAUCAUCCUAUCCACAGUGUUUUAUUUAUUAAAAUCUGCAUACAUUAAAGCCAGUACAAAGGCCAUUUAACAAAUAUAUUUUUUAUAUUAUAAUUUAUUUGGUGUUUCUUUCCACAUCGAAGUAAUUUUACACCACACCUGUAAUAAAAAUUUUGUGGGAAAAUGU